CGUUUGAAGGAAGGAGAUACAAUCAUUGUUCCUGGAGUAGAAGGGCCCAUUGUAACUCAGAUUCAAGGCCUCCUUUUACCUCCUCCUAUGAAGGAAUUACGAGUGAAGAACCAAUAUGAAAAGUAUAAAGAAGUUGAAGCAGCUCAGGGGGUGAAGAUUCUUGGAAAAGACCUGGAGAACACAUUAGCUGGUUUACCCCUGCUUGUGGCUUUUAAAGAAGAUGAGAUACCUGUUCUUAAAGAUGAGUUGAUCCAUGAGUUAAAGCAGACAUUAAAUGCCAUCAAAUUAGAAGAGAAGGGGGUCUAUGUCCAGGCGUCUACUCUGGGUUCUUUGGAAGCUCUACUUGAAUUUCUGAAAACAUCAGAAGUACCUUAUGCAGGAAUUAAUAUUGGCCCAGUCCAUAAAAAAGAUGUUAUGAAGGCAUCAGUGAUGCUGGAACAUGAUCCUCAAUAUGCCGUAAUUUUGGCCUUUGAUGUGAGAAUUGAACGGGAUGCUCAAGAAAUGGCUGAUAGUUUAGGCGUUAGAAUUUUUAGUGCAGAAAUUAUUUAUCAU